AUGCCGGGCUCCCGCGGGAGGGGACGCACCACAGGCAACGACGCGCCACGAGAACCAACCUCCCGCUGCGGCGCCGCGCUUUCAAAUCCCUGCGACCCCGCAACGACCCGGAACCGGAAGCCAGGGCGCGGAGCCGGGGGCGGGACCCUGGAGGGGGAGGGGCUCUCGACGCUCUGGACCAGGAGGCCGCAGAAGCCGAAUCUGCUGCCCAGCUUGAUGGACAAGGGCCUGAUGGCGCUCCGCAGUGUGGCCGACCGGGGAGGCCAAGCCCCAAAGCUGAAACUGUGCCCAAACCAGCUCUCCCUCACCGGCCCGGCUGAGGCUGUCAACGGGUACUACAGGAGGAUGGAUCACUGCCUGUCCGUGCUGCGGGAGGAGGUCCAGCGCCUGUCCAAGCUGGAGGAGCAGGUGCAGAAGAAAGAUGGAGCCAUCUUGGCCCUCCAGGAGGAGAGGGAGACUCUGAAGAAGCAGCUGCAAUACCUCCUCAGAUGCGAAGGUCAGGGGACACCUGUGUGCCCAGGCAUGAAGGAGCCUGAGUCGCUGCCCAAGCCAUAUGCAAGGCUGAGCCUCCUGAAAGCCUUCUGCAGGGAUGACGAGGAGCUGCAGCAUUGGAGGCAGGUGCAGGAGGAGUAUGCCACGGUGUGCAGCGUCAGGGACCUGGAAGCAGGCUUUGAAGAGGAGGAGGUCCUGGAAGGGGAGGCCGAGAGGGCGGCGGACGAGGGAGCCCAGGGCGGUGCGGGCUGGAACGGGGCUGUGGAGCUGGAGGAGGAGGUGGAAUUGGAAGAGGAGAAGGGGCAGGACGGUCAGGGCUGUGAGGCCCGCAGCAGGGGAAGGACCUGCUCCCUGGACGAGUUGUUUGAGGAGGAGCUGGUUGCCCGUCUGGAGGAGUACGAGCAGCUGGUCCAGGAAGUCCAGCUCGAGCUGGAGGUCACCAGGACAGAACACUGCCUGGCAACAGGAGCCACCAUGUCUUUACAACGACAAGUGGAUGUCCUAGAAUCCCAACUGCAAAAGAUGAGCGCCGAAAACGAGCUGCUGCACAAGGAGCUUCGAGAGCGGACCCGUCAGUUACAGGCCAUGACAGACAAGUUCUCCAACCUCCGAGAUGAUAAGAAGCACCAAGAGAUGAUGGCGCUCAUGGAGAAGGACAACCUUGUCCUCCGGCAGCAAGUGUGGGAGCUGGAACAGGAACUCACCAAGAGGGAACACACCAUCUCGCAGUCCAACGCCAAGGUCAGCCACCUGCAGGCCCAGCUAAGCCAGAACGAGAAGCACCUGGAGGGACUUGAAAGGCUGAGAACCAAGAUCAUGCAGGCCACCUUCAGCACCACAGGGGUCAAAUCCUUGGCCACAGAGAUCUCUGACAAUGACAUCCUGGAAGCCCUGCAGGGUCAUCGUGGAGAGAGAACCGACUACUACAAUCAGCUGAGACAGAAAGGUGUCAAGGUGCCCCCACUGCUGCCAGAGCUCCUGUCCUCGCCCAGCAAAUCCAGGAAGGUGGUCUCCUCCAAGUAG